AUGGACGAUGGCAGUGCUAAUGGUGUCAGAAGUGUUCUAACCGGGACUCUCACCGAGUCCGUCCGUAGUAGUUCCAGUGGCUGCACUGCGCAGCUCCAGCUUGGAGAUCGCCUCUUCGACUUAAAAGACGACGUUGGAGCAAUAGCAGUCACCUCGUUUCUAUCCAGUGGUGAUGUGAUUGAUGGGGUUACAGAGACGACCCUCGUCGCGCUUCAGACAAUUGUCAAGAAGUUCGCAUCGGUUCUGCGAGAAAAGCUGCUGCCCAUUUUGCAGGAAAGGCAGAUAGAUCUCUCGAGUGAGCGUGAUCAAAGCCGAACAUUCGUAGCCGCCUACCUCACAACAGGUUUCAAUCGCGUCGUGAUGCAGCUAGCAUGCAUGCGCCUGCGUCUGGCAUACAUUCCAAUGGACAGCAAUCUGUCAGCCGAGCGACUGCGAGCUAUCUGCAAGUCCCUAUCUCCAGUCGCCUUCAUCAGCGACGACGAAGCUGUCGACUUUGAUCCAGGCCACGGCCUUGCCUUCGCCUUCUCUCACCUCCUCAACUUGACGACCGACAGCGCCUGUUGCUGCGUUUCAACAGAGCCACUAUUCACACAU